UACUCCAACAACCAAUCAAAAGAAAUAGAAGUCGUACACAUUACCGCUUGGUCCAAUGCCAAUGUAACAAUCUUUUCCUUUUCCUUUUCCUUCCUCUCCACCGACGAAAUUUCCUCUCCCUGCUGCCUCUGUGCGCUGUACGAACGGAAGUAACAAAACCCAACAACAUAAAGCUAUCACCUUUACCAGCACAGGAACAACCUUAACUAUGUCCUAAAUAUUUAUGGAGGACUGUUUACUUAUAUUCCAAGUCUAAACAUUUGAUGCCGGAGAAGGAACAAUAAAGCAAAAGGAAUAAUGCAAUCAUUCAAAGAUAAAGUCUCAAACCAGCUUUCUCGUCUCUUUGUUGAUUCACCAAAUUCUACUAAAUCUUUUUCUUCUCCAUCUUCACCAACAGAUAAAUCUCAGGUCAGGCUGCUCUCUAAUGGGGGAAAAUCAACAUCUUCUUAUUUUUCCUUCUCUGUCCCUUCGUUUAGCUUUGGUGGGUCUAGAUCAAACAAGCACCAACACGAUUUAAACCCAAGCCAGUCAUUGUCUGUUAGAGGGGUUAGAAAAGGUUUCGAACAGAAAGAUGAAUGCUCAGUUAGGUAUCAUGAAUGCAGCACAAUAUCCGAGGAUAAAAAAUUCCAAAAUUCUUGUGAAAAUAGAAAUACACUUUGUGCGUACAAACAAACUGAUAUAACCCAUGAUAGUAACGAGGUCGGUUUGUCUGAGAGAAGCAGUACUGAUAGUGAGGUCUUUGAGGAAGCACGUGACCAGCCUACUCCACGCAAGUCUUUACCCCAUCUCAUGGACAAGUCAUCUUUUGUUUCCUCAGAAUUGUAUGAAUUCUUGCAUUCAUCCAUUCCCAACAUAGUGAAGGGAUGCCAAUGGGUUCUGUUGUACAGUACGUUGAAGCAUGGCAUUUCACUGCGGACGCUUAUUCGCAACAGUGCUGACCUAUCUGGUCCGUGUUUGCUGAUUGUUGGUGAUAGACAAGGUGCUGUUUUUGGUGGUCUGCUGGAAUGUCCAUUGAAACCUACACCCAAGAGAAAAUAUCAGGGAACACAUGAGUCCUUUGUAUUCACAACUAUAUAUGGCGAGCCAAGGCUUUUUAGACCAACAGGUGUCAACCGAUAUUAUUACAUGUGUAUGUAUGACUUACUAGCGCUUGGUGGAGGCGGCGACUUUGCUUUGUGCUUGGAUGGGGAUCUGUUGAAUGGAACCAGUGGACCUUGUGAAACGUUUGGGAACUUAUGCCUGGCCCAUAAACCUGAGUUUGAACUAAAAAAUGUUGAGCUUUGGGGGUUUACACAUUCAUCAAGAUAUCUUUCCUAAAACAAGGAGAUGGAAGCCUGUCAUUUUUAUCUUCUUAAUUGGUGGCAAAUUUCAUUCUUUAUUCUUUAGAUUAUGAAGUUGUGCAGUAUUGGUUUUUACAUGAUGCUAUGGAGCACUUAAGUUUUAUCUAUUCAAAUACAAGGCGAUUCACAAUGUCCCUGGCUGUAUUGUUGUAAAACUACAACUAGGUGCGGCAAAAUAGAUCUAGGAAAAAGAACAAUUAGACGGAUUGACGUUUAUCUCAGUGUUGUUUGAGAGACAGAAUGAGAUAUGAGUUUAUCUUGUAUUCAUCCUAAGGCGUUGUAUGAGUUAAUUGGUAUAAUUCUUCAGCUUCAAUAUUUAUAGUAAUCUUUCAUCGUGCAUA